UACACGUGCUUCACCGUCGUGUGACGCAACCUUAAUGCUCCUUCCCCAGAGCCGUUAACAAUUUUAGGGCUCAAUUUAUUACAUUCCCCUCUCCUCGUAAGAAGCUCGAAUCGAUUCUCGAUUCUCAAAACCCCCGUGUUAACGCGAUGCCCUCGAUCUAGGGCUAGAUCCGAGCUCGAAUUUGGGAGAAUCGAUCGAGGUAAUAGUUUGACUUAAUAUUUGUUCUUCACUUCCACGGGAUCAGAUCUCUGAAUCGGACGAUUUGAUCGCUAUAGAAACGAAAUCAGGCAUCGAAGAAAAAGAGGUCAGAUUUGUUGAGUCAAAGGCGGAGAAAUGGAUUCAAAGAAGAAGAGAAACAGGAAAAAGAAAGGCAACCAGGGUAAGAAUAAUGAGGAAACCGCUUCCAAUGCUGAAGAUGUGGUUGUGCAGGAGCAUAACCAUGAUUUAACAACGGAGCAGAACCAUGAUUCGUUGUCACAGCAGAAUCAUCAUGGACAGAAUUCGAGUAAUGUGGAUGUGCAAAAUGCUGUGGUUUCAGAGUCAGAAAUGGAGCUGGAGAAGCAUAAGUACUACGAAGCAGAAUUUGUGAAACUGAAUGAAGCUAUCAGGAAGUUUGAAGAUGAGAAGGAUUUGUGGCUUCGAAAAGAGAUCAACUUUGAGGACAAGCUUGGAAGACUAGAAAACAAAGUCGAUUCUCUUGCUCAAGACAGGAGCAUCUUGGAGGAAAAACUCAACUACUUGCAGAAUGGAAAUGAUUCAUCGGUCCAGAAGGAGGUAACUUUAGAGGACAAAGUCAAGAGCAUAGAGGGCAUCAAGGACUCCUUGAUUCUAAAGGAGACUUCAAUCAAGGAAGCAAUUGCUGGACUGGAAGAAGUUAACAGAGCACUGCAAACACAGGUAAAGGAGUUGGAACAAUCCAGAGACAACGUUAUUCAAGAAAAUCAAAGAUUGGUUGAGAACUUAUCUAUGUUGCAGUCAAGGAUAGAGAUACUUGAGACAAAGGUUGUUUCUAAGGAAAACCCAUCUGUUAAUGUGGCACAGUCUCCAGAGGGAAAAGUUUAUGUACCAAGUCAAGGCCAGAAUACAGAAAUUUCACAGGUUCAUGGGAAGAUGAUUGAAACAGACCUUCACCGAGAUCAUAGCACUGAUUAUCUCGAAACCUUUCCAAACAAUGAUCUUAACCAAGUCAUUGCACUAAGCAGAACCUCCACUCCUGUUGAUCAUGCACAAGAAUAUGGUGCAAAGUUGUCUCAAAAUGGUGAAAUUGCCAAUCAGUUGUCAAUUCAAAUUCAGGGAAAUCUUGGGACUAACCACAUUAACGGCGGAUUUGCUGAUAGUUCUUCACUCCCAGGGCAGAAAACUGGAUUAGAUGAACCAAGGAUGAGCGAAGAGAUCGUCACAGUACCAUUGGAUGAGAUUGAGAUUCAUGAGGAAGAGUCGCAAGGAGUAAUGAACAAUUUGAAAGAAGAAGAGGUUCCUUUGACUGAUGCUCCGCUAAUUGGGGCUCCGUUCCGGUUAAUUUCUUUUGUUGCCAAGUAUGUCAGUGGGUCGGAUUUAGUGAACCAAAACACAUCCAGAUCCGGUCAUUAACAGGCGAGAGAUUGAGUUUGUUUAACAAAUAAGGAAAUUUUAUCGUAUGAUCUUAUUUCAAUUCUUUUUUAUAGCAUUACAGGAGCCAUUAGUAAUAUGAAACUUACAAACAGCUUGGAAAAUGUCCAGAUGCCUUCCAUUUGUGAUAUUUGUCAUUUGGGAGCUCGAUUGCAGUUUUAAUUGUCUAACACUCUCUUCAUGGGCUUGGCUUUUUUCA